AGUCCGGAGGUGUCCGCGGGCGGGGCGGCGCGUGCGGUGCGCGCCUCGCAUUUGCAUUGUUUUGGCUCUACAUCUACAUGCCAUUGUUUAAUUCCAUCCGACGACAAUCGAUACGACAUUGAUGCAAAACUGCAUGGCCUACAGCAUUGCACUGUCUUGUAUUUUAAUUGCAUAAUAUAUUAUGACAAUAAUGUGUUUUAUCUGCUCGUAUGUAUGCUAGUGAGUACACGAGAAGGUGAUUUAUUGACAAGUGAAACUUUUGAGCGUUCAUUCAUCUCUUGUGUGUCCCGUCUAUGUUUUAUCACCAAACUGCAAACGUGCAAGUGAUCUUCGUUGUAAAGGAAAGCAUGCAAAUCAAUAAUCGAGUGGAUGCCCAGCUGCUAGUAACCGAGAGCUUUUACUGUGAAGUUUAUUACACGGUUGCAUAUUGAUUGGUUCUCUGCUGGUAUCACUGGUAAUACGAAAUAACGAAUGGAAUAGCGCCCAUUGGUAUUUAGAAGACCGAGGAGCAAUAUUAGCCUGUCGGAGACGUUGGAGUUAAUCGUUUUCUUGUGUGAGAGCCAAUGCUCGUGAUGCUGCAAUCAGACGAGAGCGUCAGAUAGCCGCCGUGUGGCAACACAGCAUGGGUGCAAACAUGGGCAAAAAUUCGAGCCUGCUCGACGCGCUGCCCUCCACGCAGGGCACGCUGCACGUCGUCAUGCUUGGUCUCGAUUCCGCGGGCAAAACCACAGCGCUUUACCGUCUGAAAUUUGACCAGUACCUCAACACAGUCCCAACGAUUGGUUUCAAUUGUGAAAAAGUAAAAGGGACAAUAGGAAAAUCAAAAGGUGUCAAUUUUCUAGUGUGGGACGUCGGUGGCCAGGAAAAACUCAGGCCGCUAUGGAAAUCGUAUACACGAUGCACGGACGGCAUUAUUUUUGUACUAGACUCUGUCGACGUAGAGAGAAUGGAAGAAGCUAAAAUGGAACUUAUCAGAACGGCGAAAUCACCAGAUAAUGCUGGUGUACCUAUACUCGUAUUAGCGAAUAAGCAAGACUUACCAGGAGCAAAAGAACCGCGAGAGCUGGAAAAACUGUUGGGACUGCAUGAACUUGUUUCGUCGCCGCAUGGAUCGCGUGACGCGCAUGCCUGGCAUGUACAGCCCGCUUGUGCAAUUACAGGAGAGGGGCUCCAUGAGGGUCUCGAAGCCCUUUAUGAAAUGAUACUCAAAAGAAGAAAAUUAGCCAAGUUGCAGAAGAAACGAGUCAGAUAAACUAUACAUAUAGAAUAAUGUGAAACUAUAAUGGUUAAAAGUUUAUCAAAGUUUUGUACUUUUAUGGAUGUUAAAUAUCAGUCAAUACGAUGUAAAAAAACACCAAAUAUUGUUUUUACUGUAGAUGUACAUAAAAGUCUUAUGAAAAUAUUCCAUCAUAAUGUUGCUCAAGUUAUAUUGAUCACUUUGAAACAACAUAAUGUUUUGAUAAAAUUGAAAUGAACAACUAGUCAUUUUCUUUUGAAAAUUGCUAGAUAGAAGAGGAAAACAACUGAAUAACUUUAGUUCAAAUUUACAAAAUCAUUUUACUUUACUAAUGAAUUUGAAAGAAAUGAAUUUAUUUUAAAUUCAUUAGUAAACCCACAUGAUUUAGCAUUGAAACUCGUAAAAGUUUAGUACUAGGUACAUGAUGUGGCUCACACUUGUGGGACCACCAUUUAGCUUAACGAGAUGUAUGUAUUUAAUCUUUGUAUAACUUUAUGUGUUUCGCUUGUUUUGUUAAAAGAAAUAGUCGUGUAGAACAUAUAGCACCUUCAUCGAUUUUGUGAUUCAAUGGCUUGGUAUAAUUGUUUUUCUAUCAUUGCUCAGCUCCAAACUUUUAGCAUAAUGAAGUUCUUGUAUAUUCGUUAAGUUUUUAAUAUUCUUUUUUAUUGCAUUCUAAAAUUAACGCAAUAUACAUACUAAUGCAAAUAAAUUUGAUGAAAAUUAUAUUACAAUAGUAUUGCAGUAUAUACUAUGAUAAUUAAUGAUCACAUUUUUUGGUUUAUUUUUAAAAAAAAUUUAUUAUCAAUAUUUUAACUAGAUUUUGUAAUAUCAGCAAAAUUCAAAUUAUUACAAAAUAAAUUCUUCAUUUAUUACAAAAUAAAGAGUCAGAUAUAAAGAUAAUUGAUACUGAAAUGCAUAUAAGGGAUAAUCAAUGAUUGGAUAUUAGCAAGGCCAAGGCAAGGUUUUUAUUAAAAAACGAUAUUAUUAAUAAACGAUAUUAAAAAUCAAAAAUACUCCGACGGCAAUCGGAAUUAGCGUUAAGAAAGCGCCAUAUUAUCGCAUGUAUCUUUUUGUUCUUACAAUAAAAUAUAAUAUAAUACACCACAGACAAAAUCCGUUACAGACACUUCAAAUAAACGUUCAAACGUACAAACACACCCGAAAUGCAUUAACCUCAUUUUGAUUCAGUCAGGAAAAUACUUAAUUUUUCGACUUUCUGCUAUCGUGCUUAUUCCUUCACAAUCAUGUCAUGUAUCAAGUCAGAUAGAACUUAAUAACAUUUUAACAUGCUAAAAAAGAGAAAUCGCAUCAAAGCUUUAAUUUGUCUGGACUAAUUGAAAGUUAUUAUACCUAAAUUGCAAAUAUUUUUCCUAUUUAUUGAGAAUGUUAAAAUAGGUAUUUAUUUAUUUACUCAUAGAGAUUUAGAAAUAGGUAUUAAGAUCUUUGUAAUAAAAUGCUUUUACCAGAGUUUGUGUUACUCACAAUGUAAAUAUGUAAAUUCCAAGUAGUUAUUUGUCAAUACCAAGAAACCAAACAUUUAUAUUAUUAGUAGGUUAUGUACAUUUUGUUAGUUAAUAUUGUUUUAUUGAGAGCACACAAAAUCAAAUUAUUGUGUUUUUGAUAUCUUCAUUGAUGAUUUUAAACAGAUUCCCUGUAAUAAAUUCUGUUUUCAAUAAUCUGGUAUUUUUAUUUAAAAAAACCUUUAAUUGAUUUGACAUUUCAAAUAUUAAGGUCCUGUAGGUAAUUUGCAGGAUCCUCGUUUUCAUUCCACUCAGUGAACAUCACCAAAUAUUCUUUUUGGGCCUCUGUAAGUGUUAUUCUCUUAUUUAUCGAAAUUUUUGGUUUUACGUAUUUUUUUGCACAUUUUUUCCCCUGUUUGCUUUUAUCAAACGACAGAACAGGAUCGCAAGCGUUGACCGAGAAUCCAUGUGCCCGAAGUAAUUCCCGCUCUAAUCUAUAAAAAAGUCUCAGUUCCCUGGAAGCCACUACAGCCCUUCUGGCUUUAUUACGUUCUGUUUCCAAGCUUAUGUUUAUAGCACAACGGACUCUAUCGUUGUGUAGUAAAUCUAAUUGUUUCGAAUAAUCCAUGUAAAAUGUUUCUAAAGCUUUCGCAAGAGUUUUCAUAUCUUUAUUAAUAGGUUUUUCGUUAAAUACCUUCUCAUAGCAAAAUUCGAGAUGUAGGACAAGUCUUAAAACAUCUAAUGCUCCUACACUUUUAUAAUAAAACCCAUUCAAUACCUUGAAAAAUUUUUCUUUCAAUAAUAUGGAUCUCUCUUCACUAAAUAUUAAAAGAUUUUUAAAGUAUUUAAUUGUACUAACAACAGCAGCACUUUCUUGAGCUAUGGCUUCCUUUAAAGAUAUUAUAUUUUCAUUUAACAUCUUUGUGUAGGGCGAAAAAUGUGAAACAUGUGCAAAGUGAUGCAACUGUUGUUGUUCAAUCAUUUCGAAAACCUCCAUUAAGUGUUUUGGUUUAGUAAAGAAUAAAACUGGCUUAACAAAUUCACCAUAACACUCCUUACGCAAUUUUUCGUAUAAAACUGUAAAAGUAUCUUCUUCGCUAGAUCUUCCUAAAUCGAAACCUCUGGCCUCUAUUUCUACAGACCUGGCAAAAUCUCUAUGCUUCGCGCGCCAUGAUGGUGGUGAUAAGUAAUACAAAAACCUUCCAUACUUUUGUUGCAAGCUAUAUUUAUAAUCUAAACCUAGAAGCUUAGACGAAAUCAUAAACUUCUGGGCAGCCAUAUUUUCUAAUUCUGCUUUCUUUUUAUCAACUUUGGAUACUAGCUUAUCUCCUCGUUCCAAUAAUGCCAUUGAUUCCCGAUAGUCCUCAGAUAUAAAUUUAUCAAAAUAAUUGGCUUGUUCUGUUAACUUUUGUAAACUUAAAUUAUAUACAUCCAACUCUUUCUUCUGAUUAACAUCAAUAUUUGAAAUGCAAUCUUCUUUGUAUCCUGUUUUUUGCCUUAAUUUUAAUUGACUAUUUGGGUAUAUUUUUAAAGAUUUAUAUUGAGCACUUUGAUGUUCCAACCUACGACCCUUAACAUAUUCAUAGAAAUCUUUAUCAACGUCCAAUAUAGUACGAACUUCAUUUUUGGGAUUGUUCAUAUGCAAGCGUUUUCGCAGGUCUGUACUAAUAAUUUUAUAUUUAUCAAGAACACAUAUUGCUAGCCGCUUUUUGUAUCUGUACCGAUCCUCCUUCUUUAAAUAAAAUUUAUACGAUAGUAAAGCACAAUCAUUUUUAAGUUGAAAUAUCGAUAAAGGUUUACCUUCAGGUAAAUCAUAAACUUUUAAAGUUGUCUCCGAAGGCUUAUCUACGAUCCUUUGUUGCUUUCUUUUCCUAAUUCCAUCCAUUAUACGUUUUGUAGUUAUACGACUUUCCAGUUCCGAAUGCUUUCUGUGCCGAGAUACACGAAUAAUUAUAGAAUGUACAGAAUCCAUACUAACAAAAUAAAAUAAAUAUGUAAUAAAUAUGUUACUUUGAAAUCUAAAUAACAAACCAACUAGAUUUUGAAUGUGAUCUAUAACGUUUAUUUUAUUUACGAAUACAAUACUCGUCAUAAUUACAAGACUUACAACACAUUUUUUGUAGAAUAAAAAAAACACAUUUUUUACCUUGUGGGUUUUAUGUGCUAAUAAUAUUUAUUAAGAUAGUUAUGGGUUUGCAUGCUUUCACACCCCGUUUCUAUUCAAUAAUUUUCUGUUGCAUAUUGACCAGAUUAUAUCAAUCGAAGUUUAUCCCAUAACGUUUCAUAAUACAGUUGUCUCCAAGAAAGAGGAGCUAUAAAAUAUUUAAAAAAACUUCUAUUGAUCUAUUUAUAGUUAUCAAUUUAAAAACAUGAUUAAGAAACUUAAUAUAAUUAAUGUACGAAAACAAAAUUAUAUUGACAGUAAUAAUUAUUUGGCCUUACGAGGCACGUUUUCGAAAACGGGUUUAACAUGAUGAUAAUAUUCUUUAAGAUAUGGGGUUGGAUCCAUUCCUUCACACCAUUCUGUAAACAGUAUUAAACCAUCUUUUUCAUCUGGGGUUAAUUUAUAUUUUCCUGGUUCAUCGACUUCAUUUCUUUGUAUUUUUGAUUUGUCUCUUUUAACAUUUGCCUUUUUAUCUUUUUUACUAGUAAUUUUCACAAACAACGGCUUGGAAAAUUUUGCAGGAGGUAAAAAAGCUUUAUUCAUUGCAUUUGUCAUCUCCCAAAAUGCUUUAAGUUCUCGUUGCGCUUUAUAUGCGUUCGACAUUGUUUUCAAAUCUUGAGAAAAAAAAUCAUUUCUUGCUUGAUUAACAGUUUUAAAAUCUAAUGAAUCAAGUCGUAAGUUAUAGUCUUCAUACAUAACUUCUAAUAUUUUCAUCGGAUCUUGUAAACUUUGAUGUCCUUCUUCAUAUUUCCCAAAUACCUGCUCGUAAACAUACUCAAUACAAAUUUUUAGUUUUAGAGUAUCAGGACUGGCAACACUUUCAUAAAACGUAUCGUUUAAUAUGCGAAAAAACUUUUCUUGUAAAUGGCUUUCAUUGUAAUUUUCUCGAGCGAUUUCGUAGUUAACAGUAUCAAUAUAGAACUGAAAAUAAUCAAGUUCGUGUUUCGUUGCUCGUUUCAAUUGCUUAAUGCGUUCUUUUAAUAACCGAAACGGUGCAUUUGUUUUUGAAAGUUGUAUCAAAUAUUCUCUACUUUGUAAUUCCAUUGUACGGAAUAAAUACAUUAUUUGUUCGGGUUCUUUAAAAUACAUAUGCGCUGGUAAAGGAUUUGCAAAUUCUAUACUUGCCAUUUCAACUAUUUUGUCAAUAUCUAGAGUGUCUAUUAAAUCAUUUUCUGUUGCAAAUUGACCAGAUUCGAAUUGUAUCGAUUGAAUUUUAUCCCUUAAUGUUUCAUCAUGCUGCUGUCUCCAAGAAAGAGGAGCAAUAAACAUCAAAAAUCUUCUGUAAAUCUUUAAAGUAUUCCUAAUGGCAUCCAAUUUAAAUAGAACAUUAUUAAGUAUAGUCAAUGUAGAAACAUAACUAAGAAAUUGUAAUUGUUUAGAGACCAAUUCUGUGUAAAUUUUUUCAGCCUUUGUAACCUUCUGACAUGCUUUUUUAUAGUCUUCUGUCAGAAAUUUUUGGAAAUUCUGUAUAUGAUACUUUAGAUUUUUCACUAUAACGUUAUGUUCAUUUGACUCUUCUAUCGCAUUUUGAUCAAUAUUUAAAAUUAAAUCACGUCGAUAACCUAUCUGUUGGCGAUCCAUUGCGUAACAACGUAUGUUAUUCAAAUAUACCUUAAUAUCAUCAAAACUACGCAAAGGUCGACCUUCAAUAACACUAUAAAACUCUGGAUGAAUUUCGACGACUGCUCUUACAUCAUCAAGUACGUUUUUAAUAAAAAGUCUCUCAGAUAUGUCCCUUGUUGCUGCAGUUUUUAAAUUAUCUUUGAUGUGUAAUGGUUGAGAUAAUCUGGUAUUUGUAUGAUUUUUCUCGAGUUGAUCACUGUAUUUAAUGUACGAAAGGAGUUUUUCAGACCUUGGUAUUUUGAAGGGUUUGCAAAUUUUCUCUUUCGUUUGAUUCUUCCGCGUGGCAUGCUGUCGAUUAGUAAAAUAAUACUGUGUAUUUGGUAAAUACCGUCGUCUAAAAAUUAUAUCUAAAGUUUUUAAGGGAACCAUUGGUUUUUUUUCUUUGUGUAAACACGACAUUUUUUAUAAUACCGUAUUUUUUAUUAUAGAAUACUCCAGUUUCUAAAUAAUUUUUACUCUCUGUCAAUGUCAGUGUCAGGACAUAAAGAUUCUUUUAUUUCUUUGUAGUAUAAUAAACCCAUAGGAAAUCAAAUAGGCUGUUAUAACUAGAUUCCCUUUCAUAUUAAUAAAAUAUAAUAUAAAAUAUUUCAAUUACAGAAACAAACUAUAGAACAAUUUCUUUGAUAUUGCUUUUGAUUUUGCUUUACAUCUAGAAGGGAUAACUUAAGUAUUUAACCUAAACAAAACUUGUUAAAACGGAUUAAGUAUAUCUAUAUUUUAAUAUGUCUUUAAUUUAGCCGGCAGUUUAUAAUUGUUUCCAUUAUUUUGGAGAACAAGGAGGUGAUAGCGAUAGGCCCGUAGUUGAAAGGAUCUGAGCGGUCGCCUUUUUUAGGAUCGGAUCAAUGAUCUCUAUAUAUACAAGUACGCUGUACUGGCUAUAACCUAGAAAAUGUUUCUGGUGACUUGAAGUGCCGCCAUUGUUCAAACCGAGAAUUAAAUUGACAUAAUAUGCCAUCGUCUGUUGAGUUAUUUAAAUUGUAUCUCUGCAUUUUAAACUUUUGAAUGAAAAAAUGAAAGUAGUUUGUGUAGUCUGAAUAUGUUUUAUUUUAGUUCAUCAUUCAUCAUUACAGCCCUUUACAAGUCCACUGCUGAACCCAAGGGAUGCACAAAGCACGGUCCCGAGCCACCUGCAUCCAUUGACUUCCUGCAUGUCUUACCAGGUCGUCACUCCAUCUAGCGGGGGGACGUCCUACACUGUCGUGAAGCGACAAUUAAAUACAAAAGAAUCUAACCUAACAGCAACAAAACAACAAAAAUAGAACAAAAACAAAUAAUAUAUUUAAAAUUUAAAAGAUAUUUACAAUUUUAUAUAACAAAAUGGAGUAUGAAGAUGAGGAUGGAUGUCGUGAUUUAC